GAUUCUGCUCCCUUCAUAGGUUGUAACUGAUGUGCUCGCUUGUCUGCUACUGCAGCCAAACCAUUACGCUUGUUAUCCAGUGGGUCUCAUUAAGUAUACUUUUUGAGGAAAUGAGGCGAUUCAUUUCCUCAGAACAUAAGUGAUUUUUCUAUACCUUUUCAGAAACUUGGUCUGUGAGAUGGUCAUGGGAUGGUUGAAGCUGAAUGUUUUACUUUGGGUUUGUUUUUUUUUUUCCUCUGCAUAAAAGCUCUGAGAAAAGUCAAGCAGAAAUUGUGUCCUGUGUCAAAAAGGCAUGAUGAUGUAUGGCAACUGACCUUCUUGUAUCUGAGGUCUUUGAGAGCUGUAAACUGCUGCUGACUUACUUGCUUACUGCAUUUUAACCAUACAGUAUGCAUUUGCAAACUUCAUGUUUAGAAUUUGCCUCAAGUCACCAGGAACUAAGGCCACUUUUCCCUAGAACUGCCAUCAGUGAUGGUUAUUAAAAAUGUGGAUAUUACCUAAUAUUUCUGCUGUUGGCAGUCCAAGUAGGGGUAAAGAUAUAUUGUCAAAACUUACUACUCUACUAGAGGUAUGGAUGUGUAAGCUCUGCUUCAAGAAAAAAACAUUUUGACAGAAUUGGCUGUGUUGGUUUGGUGGUGUAACUAGACUUAUAAACUCUACUAUAGAUAAAGUCUAAUUCAAGACUCUCUUUAAAGUGAAGUUCUGCUAAUUGAAUAAAAAACUAAUUUCAAAAGCAGUCGCAUUUGACUGAUGUGAGCUUGUGUGCACAUAUGCUUUAUAUGAAUGCAAAAUUGGAUUACAUUGACAUAGGUUAAACUGAUUAAGUAGCUGGAUAAAGAAAUUGCCUGCAAAUUUUUGCACCAGACCGGCUCAUUUGAUAUCAGAAAAUACCAUAGACCUGCUGCAGCUUUAUGUGUACAUGUAAAAUUCCAUUAUAGGAGUACUUCAAAUAUCAUUUGCUUGGUCUCCCAUCUUUUUAGAAGAGAACUGGAUGCAACUCUGCCACCCUUGCUGUUGUGCAACAGUCUUUGAGUGAAUUGUCAAGUUGACUUGAAAAAACAGCAGAGGAAGAUGUUUCAUGCUGUUCAGUACCGGCCUUUAAGACUAAUAACCCAAACCACUCUUUCUAGCAUGUGUUUAAAACUGCUGUUUUCAAGACCUGUAGCUUUCGCACAGAUAUGGAAGUCAUGGUUCUCAAGCCACUCUCUCUUUGGAAACAAGAAUAUUAUCCUAAUGGGACCUCCGGGUGCUGGGAAGACAACAGUAGGGAGAAUAGUAGGUCAGAAACUAGAUUGCCCUGUCAUAGAUGUAGAUGAUGAUGUCCUUGAAACAAGCUGGAAUAUGAGUGUGUCAGAAAAGCUGCAGGAUGUUGGUAAUGAGCAAUUUUUAGAGGAGGAAGGAAAAGCCCUUUUGAAGAUUUCAGCAUCUGGAAGUGUAAUUUCCCUUACUGGGUCCAAUCCAAUGCAUGCCGCUGCCAUGGAGCAUGUGAAGAAAAAUGGAAUAGUUGUGUAUCUGGAUGUACCCACAGCAGUCAUUAUGCGCAGGCUGAAAUUAAUGAAAGUGGAUCGCAUUGUAGGCCAGAGUUCUGGUAUGUCUCUCAAGGACAUACUUCAGUUUAGGAAGCAGUUUUACAAAAGGUGGCAUGAUAUCCGUGUUCUUUGUGGAGGAGAGAGUACAGCAGAGGCUAUAGCAGAAAAGGUACUUGAUGCAGUUAAGAGAUACCAAAACUCAGAACCGGAAACUUUUAUUUCAACUAGGUCUAGUAGGUCUGGAAAUUGUAAGCAAAAAGACUCUGCUAAAUAUUUCAGUGAUGUUGUCACUGAGGGCUUAGCCCCUGAUGGGGGACUCUUUGUUCCUGAGAGCGGACUUCCAAAAUUAACUGCUGGAGAAUGGCAAAGCCUGAUAGAAGCAACCUAUGUUGAAAGAGCCCAGGUAAUACUGGAAAGGUGCAUACAUCCUGCUGAUAUACCUGCUUCUACACUGGGAGAAAUUAUUGGCACUGCUUAUGGAGAAAACUUUAGCUGUUCUAAAAUUGCCCCAGUUAGGCAUCUGACAGGCAAUCAGUUUCUCCUUGAGUUAUUUCAUGGACCAACAGCUUCAUUUAAGGAUUUUGCACUACAGAUGAUGCCACAUAUAUUUGCAUACUGUGUUCCCAGAAGCUGCAAUUACUUGGUUCUGGUAGCUACUUCUGGAGACACAGGGAGUGCUGUCUUAGAUGGCUUCAGUCGUCUCCAUGAUACUGACAAACAGAGAAUUGCUGUGAUGAGUUUUUUUCCUGAGGAUGGAGUAAGCCAAAUUCAAAAAUCACAGAUGAUUGGCUGUCAGAAAGAAAAUGCCUGGUCAGUAGGUGUCAAAUCUGAUUUUGACUUUUGCCAGACAGCAAUAAAACAAAUCUUUACUAAUUCCGAUUAUACUGGCUUUCUCACUGUAGAGUAUGGAACAGCUUUAGCUGCAGCAAACUCAAUAAACUGGGCACGGCUGCUUCCUCAGAUAGUUUAUCAUGCCUCUGCAUACCUUGAUCUUGUUCAUCAAGAUAUUAUUGCUUUUGGAAGCCCUGUAGAUGUAUGCAUUCCUACAGGAAACUUUGGCAACUUAUUAGCUGCAUUGUAUGCUAAAAUGAUGGGAAUUCCUAUUAGAAAAUGUAUUUGUGCUUCCAAUGAAAACAAUGUUUUGACUGACUUCGUAAGAACAGGUAUUUAUGAUUUGAGGGGAAGAAGUUUAAUUCCCACUUUAUCACCAGCAAUAGAUAUUUUGAAGUCCUCCAAUCUUGAACGAUAUUUGCACCUGAUUUCUAAUGGUGAUGGACAGCUCGUGACACAAUUAUAUAAUCAGCUGGAAAAUCAGGGCCACUUCCAGCUACAGAAAGAUCUACUUGAAAAGCUUCAACAGGACUUGGUGGCUGGGUGGUGCUCUGAGGAGGACUGUCUAGCUGCCAUCCACUCUGUAUACAGUACUACAGGGUAUAUUUUGGAUACACACACAGCUGUUGCUAAAGUAGUUGCAGAUCGAUUACAAGACAGAACUUGCCCAAUUAUUAUUUCAUCUACAGCUCAUUAUUCUAAGUUCGCACCUGCUAUCUUGAGGGCUUUGAGGAUUGCAGAAAUAAAACAGAAUCCGUUAAGUCAGCUUCACUUGCUGAGUUCUUACAGCCCUCUGCCUCCAGUCCACUGGGGCCUAUUAGAGACACUGAAAAAGAAUGAAAAUGAGGAUCAUCAGAUCUGUGCUGCUGAUACAAGCAUGCUAAUGUCUCACAUAGAAGCCUUAAUUCAAAAUCAUUUUAUGAAAGUUUUCUGAGUAAAUCUAUCUAAACUAUCAGAUAUCUGUUGUGUCAACUGCAAUACUUUCUUGACAAAAUGCAUGUUUAAUACGCUGUCCAGUUCACAGCAUAACUUCCUCAAUUUUAUAUUCAAUUUCAACAAUAUAUUUAAAGUAUUGCAUGUGCGAACGUUAGUAGUGGUGAAAGGUUCUGAAUUAAGAGUAUCAAAAGCCUGGAGUACGCGGUGCAUGUAUAGCACAGACAGCAGCAGUGCAGGCUUUCCUUGGCAACGCUGUUUCCUUCGUGAGCCUGAAGCAUUCUCCACGGAAGGAGAAAGUAACAGGUCCGACCUGUCUGAGACUGAUGGCUCUGGUUUUCUGAGAAUGACACGAUCACUUGGUCAGUGGGUGAUUAGUUAAACAGUAACUCACUUCACUUAGGGUAUUGAAACAUUAUCAGAUAUUGUAAUGAAGUUUGUAUGUUACCAAUGAGGGUUGAUUUCACUACAGAAAUUCAAGUAUAAAUGUAUUGUUAAACCCUUGAGCCAUCCAGUUUGGUACGCUGUCUUGUAUAUUGUUUUUAUGUACUGUGAGGCCAAAGUUUAUAUAAAAGUUUGGUUCUUUUGCUGUUUUUUCAGACAGUUUGUCCCCCCAGAUAUUUUCCUCUGUAAAACAGAACCCUUUGUUCAAUAUUUCUAACUUCUGAAACACAAUUCUUCAGUGUGCUCCGGUCUUUCCUAGGCCUUUUCUAUUUGAACUUUAAAAUUUAGAAUCUUUUUUUUAAUACUGUACAAUAAUUUGUUAGUAAUAGCAGCAAUCUCCUUAAGUGCAAAUAAAUACUUAAUUUUGGUUCUUA